AAAGGGUCACAAGCAUAAGGGCCUCGCCAUACUGAACUUCUCUGAAUUGAAGAAGCUUCCAGCUGAGCUGGGGGAUCAAAAUGGAGGUGCUUCUUCCCCUUCUCCUUGCCUGCUCUCUCCUCUUCACCAUUGCAACCCCUAUCAGAGACAUCACCGACGUUUGUGCCUCACAGAUCAGUGAUUUCCAGCACCUGAACAGCUCCGGACUGCACCUGACGCUGCACCACCCGCAGAGCCCCUGCUCGCCGGCGCCGCUCCCCUCCGACCUCCCCUUCUCCGCCGUCGUCACCCACGACGACGCCCGCAUCGCCCACCUCGCCUCGCGCCUCGCCAACAACCACCCGACAUCGCCGUCGUCAUCGUCUCUCCUCCACGGCCACCGCAAGAAGAAGGCCGGCGGCGUCGGCGGCUCGCAGGCGUCGUCGUCGUCCGUGCCGCUGACGCCGGGCGCGUCGGUGGCCGUCGGCAACUACGUGACCCGCCUGGGCCUCGGCACGCCGGCGACCUCCUACGUGAUGGUGGUCGACACGGGGUCGUCGCUCACCUGGCUGCAGUGCUCCCCGUGCUCGGUGUCGUGCCACCGGCAGGCCGGCCCGGUGUUCGACCCGCGCGCGUCGGGCACGUACGCCGCCGUGCAGUGCUCCUCGUCGGAGUGCGGCGAGCUCCAGGCCGCCACGCUCAACCCCUCCGCCUGCUCCGUCUCCAACGUCUGCAUCUACCAGGCCAGCUACGGCGACAGCUCCUACUCCGUCGGCUACCUCAGCAAGGACACCGUCUCCUUCGGCUCCGGCAGCUUCCCGGGCUUCUACUACGGCUGCGGCCAAGACAACGAGGGCCUCUUCGGCCGCUCCGCGGGGCUCAUCGGCCUCGCCAAGAACAAGCUCUCGCUGCUCUACCAGCUCGCCCCGAGCCUCGGCUACGCCUUCUCCUACUGCCUCCCGACCUCGUCGGCGGCGGCGGGCUACCUCUCCAUCGGCUCGUACAACCCCGGCCAGUACUCGUACACGCCCAUGGCGUCCAGCUCCCUCGACGCCUCGCUCUACUUCGUCACCCUGUCGGGGAUCUCGGUCGCCGGGGCGCCGCUCGCCGUGCCGCCGUCGGAGUACCGCAGCCUGCCGACGAUCAUCGACUCCGGCACGGUGAUCACGCGGCUGCCGCCGAACGUGUACACGGCGCUGAGCAGGGCCGUGGCCGCGGCCAUGGCCAGCGCCGCGCCGCGGGCGCCGACCUACUCCAUCCUGGACACCUGCUUCCGGGGCUCCGCCGCGGGGCUGCGCGUCCCGCGCGUGGACAUGGCGUUCGCCGGCGGCGCGACGCUGGCGCUGUCCCCCGGGAACGUGCUCAUCGACGUCGACGACUCCACGACGUGCCUGGCGUUCGCGCCGACCGGCGGCACGGCGAUCAUCGGGAACACGCAGCAGCAGACGUUCAGCGUGGUGUACGACGUCGCGCAGUCCAGGAUCGGCUUCGCCGCCGGCGGCUGCAGCUGAGGACCCAAACUGCAGCUGGCCGACUCAAGCUAGGUAAAAGAGCAAUGCUGCUUCUUCUGCUGCUGCCGCCGCCUCCUAUCUCUGCUCAGGCACAGAAGUGACAACUUCUUAACUGCAAAUUCAUUCAUCACAUGUAAAUGCAUAUACAUGUGCCAGGAAGUUACGAGUGUGGCUCUAGGACCUAGUUUUACAUGUCAUAAACAAAUAUAGAUGUACAAAUAAAUACAGGGUAACUACUUUAGGUGAAGAUAAUACUUAUCAAUGUGAAAGAUUAUUAUGUUAUAUGGCUGCUUGUUAGCAAUCAAGCCAAAAUGUUCAUCAUGUACAUGUAAACUAUGGGUGUGUUUGGGUUCUAAAUGUUCAGGGUGAAAAGAAAAGCAGUAUAAGAACAUGAAGAUUUGAGUUAUCAUUUAUCAUUGGUUAAUUGA